AUGUCAACACUCGGGGUCUUUACUCAAUAAGUUUGUCAUCAAGUGUUGUGCAGAAAGCGAUUACUGCAAUAUAGACCUGAAACCCACUCUUUCGCCUCUUUCUAAUGAUGUCUGGAUAAAGACAAGAUCUUUCCCCCCGAGAACCCCCUUUGGUGUAAAUCAGAAAUCUAUUAUCCAAACUCUGUCCACCACUGCUGUCAAGACAUAGAUUUUUGUAAUAAACACCUGCGACCGGCUCUGCGACCAAUCACACCUACACCUACAG